AAAUAAAAACUGAACAAUUGGCCAUUCAAACAAUCAUAACUAUCAUAUAUGAAAUUUAGUCAACAACGAUUUUGAUGCUCAAUCUUCUAACAAUACGUACAAAAUUCACGGAUAGGAUGAGUAACAAAGAAUAUGGGGGUGAUUGGUAGUUGCUGUAGGUGCUGUGCACAGCCCUAUUUAUUUCUACAGCACCAAAUUCAGAGCAAUCAAGCUUUAAAUGUUUUUUUGAAACCACAACUCUUAAAAUAAUCUACAGCUGUACAAGUGCUCUGCAGAGCCAAAUAUCCAAAGCAAUAUUUUAGUGCUUUCCAUAAAAUUCUACAGCAAUAAAAUCUAAAACCAAAGCAAAAAGUCUACAGAUUUUUUUCUACAGCAAAAUUUUAAAAGCUACAGCCAUUACCAAUCAGACCCUAUAUAACAAAACUCUUAAACUUGAAAAUAAAUAUAAACAAAAUCAUUUAACAAAUAUAAAACAUACUCAAAAAAAUAUAUAGUAAUAUAAUUAUAUACAUCACACAUCAGGUAUAUCCUGCGCGUAAUGCAGAUCGACUCUAGUAAAUGCAUAAAAUGUGUUUGAAAGACUUAAACAAUACGGAAAAUCCACAUUUGCUCAAAUCAAUUUCAAGGUUCUGUUUGGUAAAUUUCCUUAAUUUUAUGAUUAGAAUAAUAAAAUAAUAUAAUAUAUUUACAUGACUAAUCUAUUUUUGUAAGGCUUUUAAGAAUAAAGUACAAAGGAUCAUUAAAUCCCGAAAUGGGCUCGAGAGAGUUCUGAUUUCGGGGUCAUGAAUCAGGUUUAUUGUAUCUGUCAGAAGUUUUUGAGUUCUCCAUCAAUGAGUUUGUGGGAAGCUUCUCUCAGUUGGCUGCGUGGAUUCAGUGAAUGCUUAUGCAGCCUCUUCUUCAAGCAAGAAAUGGAACUUUCUUUGAUGGGCCUUCAAAAUGCAGGAAAGACAGCACUUAUCAAUGCUGUUGAUAAUGUUGGAUAUAGUGAAGACCUGGAUCCUACGAUUGGUUUUCACAUGAGGGAAGUGACAAAAAGAAAUGUUAUUUUGAAGCUACGGGAUGGUAGUGGGCAAUCAGGAUUCCGCAGCUUUUGGGAAGGUUUUUGCCGCGAUAAUCCUGCCAAAGUGUAUGUAGUUGAUGCUGCAGAUGUUGACAAUCUAUUUAUCUCGAAAAAAGAACUCCAUAAGUUGUUGAGCAAGACUUCGCUUAACGGUAUCCCUCUUCUGGUUCUUGGGAACAAAAUGGACGAACCUGGAGCUCUGUCUAAAGAUGCCUUCACUGAAGAAAUGGGGCUUCAGUUGCUUUCAGAUAGAGAAGUCUGCUGUUUCAUGAUAUCAUGCAAGAACUAUACCAACAUUGAUCAGGUCUUUGAUUGGCUCCUAUCAAAAUUAAAGAACUAAAUAUUCUCUCUUCUUGAUCUUCUUAGUCGUUCUGUGUUGUGUGCCUCGUUGGUUGAUGAUGAUCAUUCAUGGUUGAAGACAAUUUUAAAGAAUAGUUUGUCCCUAAUUUUCUUGUCUCUGUUGCUGCUCUGGUCUCUACAUGUGAAAUUUUGGAAACACAAACAAAGUUUCUCACUUUUAUAUGUACAAAAACAAAAAAA